AUGUGGGAAAAAAAUAAAGUGGUAAUGGCACUAAUACUGGCAGCGUGUGCUCAACUGUGUUUCUGUAGGAUAGAAAACAAUAAAAACGAAGAAAUAGAGUACACAGUGUUUGAAAAUGCGUACGGAACAUUUGCGCUAGGAAAAAACAUCGUAGAAGAAGUGGAUAGAAAGCAGAGCGCGCACAAAAACAAACACUCUUCCUGUUUUGUGUUACCGCAAUACAUCAUAAUGGCAAAUAGCAAUGCAGAUGCUGUGCCUCUGUCCCUUAUAGGAAAGCCUGAGAAUGAAAAGCCAAAACACACCUUUAAAUCGUAUAUAUAUGGCAACUACGGGAUGGCAGAAAGCAUAAUGGUCAGAACGCCUUCUUUAGGCUGUAGCAAAAAAGAUAUUUUAACUUUAACAAAUCCACUAGAGGAGGAAAACACAUACGAUGAUGAGCAUAUAUCUGAGAACGAUAUGAGCUUAGAGCCAGAUGAUAAUCUAGAGGAUAGCUAUGGCCAUACUGCAUUCAAUAUCCAUGAUGUGAGAAAUACACACAAUUUAAAUAGCAAUCUACUCAAUAAGGCAAAGGAUACAUCAGAGUUGGAGUAUCAUGAGACUAGAAAACUAAAUCUCAAUGGAAUUAUUUCUAGUAGAAUAGAUAAACACAUAGAGAAUGAGAAAAAUAAACGAAGAAUGCGCAAUAACAUGCAUGAUAGAGCUGCAGGAAGCUCUCAGAAGCUCUCAAGUGCUCUCUCUAUGAAUUCUGCAAGUAGAAGCAAUGAUUUACUAAGAGUAAAGGCUGAUAAUGAUGAUGCCUUAAGUGAUAGUUUAGAUGCUAGUUGUAUAGAGCUGGAUAACUCAGAGAAUAACUGCAAUCGAGACGAUGCUUUUACUGUACAUGAUAUAAGAAAUACAGACAAUUUGAAUGAAGAUCUACUUAAUAAGGCAAAGAACACAACAGAGCUAGAGUAUACCCCAGAAACUAGCAGAUCAAAUUUCAAUGGUAUUAUUUCUGGUAGAAUAGAUAAGCAUCUAGAGAAUGAGAAAAACAAACGAAAUAUGCAUAACAAAAUGCAUAAUAGAGCUGUAGCAGGUACUCAGAACCUUGCUAGUGCUCUCUCUAUGAACUCUGCAGAUAGAGGAAAUAAUUUACCAGGGAUAAAGACCGAUGAUCUUGUUUUAAGUUCUGAGCCAAAUAGUGAUUUAGAUGCUAGUUGUAUAGAACUAGAUAACUUAGAAAAUAACUGUGAUAGUGAUAAUGCCUUUACUUUGCAUGAUAUUGAGAAGUUAGGAAAUGAUAAUAUCAGACUUCAUAAUAUGGCAAAAGACACAACAGAUCUAGAGUAUCAUGAGACUAACAGAUCAAAUCUUAAUGGCAUUAUUUCCAGCAGAAUAGAUAAACAUAUAGAGAAUGAGAAAAAUAGAAAAAACAUGCAUAACAAAAUGCACGAUAGAGCAGCAGAAAGCACUCAGAACCUUGCUAGUGCUCUUUCUAUGAACUCUACUUGCAGAGGUAGUGAUUUACUAGGAGUAAAGACCGAUAAUGAUAUUUUAAAUUGUGAGUCAAAUGGUGAUUUAGAUGAUGAACAUUUGAACACAGAAGUUCAAAUAGACGGAUGUGAUAGGAAUAAUGCAUUCACUAUAAAUGACGUAGGAAAGAUGGACAAUUUGAACAGCAAUCUACUCAAUAAGGCAAAGGAUACAUCAAAGUUGGAGUAUACCUCAGAGGCCAACAGAACAAAUCUCGAUGGAUUUAUUUCUAGUAGAAUAGAUGCACGUCUAAAGAGCGAUGAGAAUAGAAAAAAUGUACACAACAACAUGCACGAUAGAGCUGCAGGAAGCUCUCAGAAUCUCUCUAGCACUCUUUCUAUGAACUCUGCAAGUCGAAGCCAUACUUUACUAGGAGUAAAAAAUAGUAUUGAUAUUUUAAGUGAUGAAAUAGAUAAUAGUUUAGAUGAUAAUCAUGUAGUGCCAAAUGACCAAGAAAUCUAUCAUAAACUAGAUGAUGCCUUUACUAUACAUAAUGUAGGAAAAAUAAUUAAUGAUAAUACCAAACUCCAUAAUAUGGCGAAAGAUGCAACAGAUCUAGAGUAUCAUGAGACUAGCAAAUCAGAUUUCAAUGGCAUUAUUUCUAGUAGAAUAGAUGCACAUUUAGAAAAUAAAGAAAAUAGAAAAAACAUGCACAACAGCAUGCACAAUAGAGCUGCAGGAAGUAUACAUACUUUGUCUAGUACACUUUCUAUGAACUCUGCAAGUAAAGGUAGUAAUUUGCUAGGGAUAAAUAACGAUGAUAAUGCUUCAAGCAAUCGUUCAGAUAAUGAUUUAGAUGACGAACAUUUAAAUACAGAAACUCAAAUAGAUGGGUGUGAUAGAGAUAAUGUCUUCACUGUACAUGAUAUAGGAAAGAUGAGCAAUAGUGAUCAGGAUGCACUCAAUGCUAUAAAGGAUACAUCAGAGUUAGAGUAUACCCCAGAAACUAGCAGACAAAACUUUAAUGGCAUUAUUUCUAGUAGAAUAGAUGCACGUCUAAGGAGCGAUGAGAAUAAACGAAGCAUGCGCAAUAAAAUGCAUGAUAGAGUUGCAGGAAGUAUACAUGAUUUGUCUGUUGCUCUUUCUAUAAAUUCUGCAAGCCAAGGUAGUAAUUUACUAGGAGUAAAGACCGAUUUUGAUACUCCAAGCGAUCAACCAGAUGAAAACUUAGAUGAGAAUCAUGCAGUGCUAAAUGACCAAGAAAACUACCAUAAACUAGAUGAUGCAUUCACUUUGUAUGAUAUGAGAAAUACAGAUAAUUUGGAUAACGAUCUAUCCAAUAAGGCAAAAGAUGCAUCAAAGUUAGACUAUCAUGAGACUAGUAGAACAAAUUUCAAUGGCAUUAUUUCUAACAGAAUAGAUACACAUUUAAAGAACAAAGAAAAUAGAAAAAAUAUGCACAACAACAUGCACGAUAGAGCCGCAGGAAAUAUGCACACUUUGUCUGAUGCUCUUUCUAUGAACUCUGCAAGUCGAAGUCAUACUUUGCUAGGAGUAAAGACCGAUGAUAAUGCUUCAAGCGAUCAACCAGAUGAUACUUUAGAUAACAAUCAUACAGUUCUAGAUAGUUUUGAAAAUCAUUAUAAUAAAACGGACGCCUUCACUGCACAUGAUGUAGAAAGUGCAGGCAGCAGUAAUAAUGAACUUCUCAAUAUAGCAAUGGAUACAUCAAACUUAGAUUAUAAGAACGAGAAACCUAGCCUAGAUUUGAAUUUUAUUUCUAGCAAAAUAGACAUGUAUAUGAGGAAUAAAGAAGAUUCGGAUAUAUCUGCAGAAGCAUCUUUAGAUGCCGAUGAAGAGCCUUUAGAUGCCGAUGAGAUAGAAGAAAAGGUUGAAAUAAUCUCCAGUGCUUUAAAUAACACAUCGCAAGUGUGCACUGAUUUUGUUGAAACCUUAGAAGAAAUUGAUGACCCGCUGUCAGAUGAAAAAGUAGAAGAAGUUGCAAAGCCCGAGCACAAAAACGACUUUGUAACAGAAAUUUUAAAUCCUGUAAACUCUAAAUACUUUGAGAAUGAAAGUACAAAUAGCAAAACAGCAGAGGUAAAUAAAGGGCUAUACAUCCUCAACAGACUAUUCUCUGACAACAACAGUAGCAUAAACCCAAACAAGAUAAACCCCUUUCUUUACAAGCUCUCUUUAAACAAGGACUUAAAGCCAGAGAGUCUUGAAAAAGCCUCCUAUAAAGACUCUAUUAAACUGCACACAAGGAUUGCCACCAUAAAACUGCACUUUCUUCUGAUUAAGCUGCACACCGUUAAAACCGAUAAAGACAUAAACGAGCUAAACGCUAUUUUUGUGAAGCUCGCAAGCGAUGGAUCUCCAAAGCACAGCACUCCUUUUGAAAUGGCCGAGCCGUACUUUAUUUACAUGCUCAUGCUCAAAAAAAUCCGCUCUUUUUGCAGAAAUGUAAAUGUUCUGAUGAAAAUAGGAAGACAGCUGUCUGAAAUCAAACAGCUAGAUGAGAAGACCAAUAACUUCUUGACCUCUUUAGUUAUCAAGUCUAUGUACUACCACAAAUGCAUAAACUACAGCAGUCCAAAGAUAUUCAAUUUAGAAAAUCCUUGA